UGUUUUGUCGAAUCGGCAAGAACGAGAAACAGGACUAGCCAAACAUUGACAUAUCGGCCGCAUCUGGAAUUUGCGGUUUAAUCAUUUGGAAACCAGUUGAACUGCAACACCUAGCAACACAUAACGACAUAAAAAUGUCAGCAAUUUCUGGAGAAUUGUUAAAAAAGGACGAAGAUGAAGAAUUCAAGAACUUCGUACUUUUCUACCUCAACGCAUUGCAAGGGUCGGGUAUACCUGAAACGUAUUGGAGGAGCCUACACCAUAAACUCACCCAUGAGAUUUAUGAUGCUGGGGAGGUGUUUGGAAUAAUCCAGUUUCAACAAAAUGAUGAUGAGAAUGAUGAUGGAACAAAUGGUGAGCUCAAGGACAAGCCUGGCACAGUGAUACGCUCCAAAGUGGUUGUUACUUGCGAAAGUGGAUUGCAAGCUUCACAGCCGACAAGUAUUUUUCUAAUAGACCACGCUUGGACAUAUCGUGUCGAUCAAGCCCGUCAGCACCUGGAGCAGAUUCCUGGACUGUUGAGCAGAAUGGCCUCUCUCAUGGGGUUGGACAUUAGUGGAAAGAAUGGUGAUGCUAAUGCAGUCGAGCUCGUGAUGGAGCACAUGUGGCUCUACAACCAGACUUAUCAGCUUUCUCAAGGGUCUGCAGAGGAGAAGAUUCCAGUGUGGUACAUCAUGGAUGAGUUUGGUUGUUCAGUACAGCACUCUGACCGGCCCACCUGUGGCAUGGCUCCAUUCUUCUUUGCCGAAGCCCAGGUGGCUUUCACCGUACUCUGGCCUCUUCGAGAUUUGCAAGUGGAAGAUGAAAUAACCCGUGACUUUGCAUACGGCGAGACUGAUCAUCUGGUUAGACAGUGCCGUUUGUUACCAUGGACACCUGCUGAUCUACAAGCAGUUUGUCCAAAAACUACAGAACCGCCAGAUUCAUACUAUGAGGCAGUUUGGCAGGAGAACAAAGAGCAGCUUCCUGUGGAAAUUAACCCCUCACCACUAUCCAAUGACAGAAUACUCAAGGUGUACUCUGAAAUGUCACAAGUGGCGAACAAUUUGACGCACAAGCGUUUUGAGUUGACGGAAAACGAGGAGGAGGCGGAUAUCAUUUGGAGCUACAACCACAUCAAAGACUACAGAAAGCUGAGCGUGGAGCGACCUCACGUCAUGCUGAACCAAUUUCCCUGUGAGAACCUCAUCACCGUGAAGGACUGCCUUGCCGCUGUGGCCCGAAGAGUUCAGAGCGGUUUGGAUGUGAUACCAAAGACUUUCAACCUCCAGACAGAGCUUCCACAGUUUAUAAGACACUAUCAAGAGAGACAGCAGAGGGGUCAAGAUAAUCACUGGAUAUGUAAGCCGUGGAAUUUGGCACGUGGGAUGGACAUACACAUCACUAACAAUCUGAACUACAUCAUCCGACAGAGAGAGAGUACACCAAAGGUUGUCUGUAAAUACCUGGAGGAUCCAGUGCUGUUUGAGAGGGAGGACAUUGGACCGGUGAAGUUUGACUUCCGAUACAUGUUGAUGUUGCGUUCUGUAAAGCCGCUACGUCUCUAUGCCUACAAUGUCUUCUGGUUGCGCUUUGCAAAUAGACCUUUCUCCCUGGACCAUUUUGAUGACUACCAGAAACAUUUUACGGUUAUGAACUAUACAGAGGGCGUGGAGCUAAAGCAGGUUCACUUUGAUGAGUUUAUUCCCAUGUUUGAAAAACAGUACCCUCAGCAUACAUGGAAAGACGUAGAGGCACAAUUGUUUGAAGCUUUCAAGAGGCUCUUCCAGGCUUAUUCAUCUCGACCUGCCCCGUAUGGUGUUUGUCCAUACCCGCCUUCCCGAGCAAUCUAUGCUGUCGACCUCAUGCUGAAGUGGAGAACGGAGGAAAAUGGCGAUCGUAUCAUGAUUCCUCAGAUUCUAGAGUUUAACUUCAGCCCAGACUGCGAACGGGCUUGUAAAUACCACCCUGACUUCUACAACCACAUGUUCCAGACACUGUUCUUGGACCAGCCGGAAGACUGCCCUGUUACACAGAUUGCAUGAUUGUUUACUACAACUCACAUGUUUUAUUUUCCCAUCAAGCUGGCUUCAUUUUUAUAGAAAAUUAGGCCUUACAGUUAGAACUUUGAUAAAUAAAGUUUGGACGCCCUUGGUCUACUACAGUACUUAAAUACAGCGAUUUAUUUGCAGUACUAAUAGCAGUAGUUGUGUUUUACCUAUUUGUUCUUCAUUACUAUGUUUUCUGACAAGAUGUAGCCAUUGACACAUGCCCCUAAUUUGUUGUAGGACUCAGAGGUGGAGGCACACUUCUUCCUUAGUAAUUAUCUGGGAGUAUUUUUUUUCCACACAACUUGUAUGAAAUCUUGAAGUUUUAGUUCCUAACGUUCCCGCUCUCUAGCUAUGAGGGUGUCGAUCGAGAGAUGACGUACAUUGCGCCGUCAAGUGCAUCGUGAAAUAAGUUCAUUAAAAAAAAAAAAAGUAUUUCACCACACUUAAGAGUCCUUGGAGGGGGGUGCUGGAGUCAGACAACUCAUGCUACAUUUCUGGCCAGUUAAAAGCUUGCCAAGACUGAACCUCAUGUUGCCGUUAGAUAGCGCCAUUUUAAGUGGAUUACAUUUAGCAGCAGCAUGCAGUUUCUCUUCUUUUCCAUGGAAUUUUAAAUCAGCCAUAAAAUUAAAUUAUUUCUGCUUCAAUUUUAUUAAAACUACAAAAAAUGACAGUGCAAGUCAAACACUA